AGUGAUUUAUUAGAUCAUUGCAUGGAGGUUUUCAUGGAUGACUUUUCGGUUUACGGUUCAUCUUUCGAUGCAUGUUUGGAAAAUUUAUCUCUAGUUUUGAGUCAUUGCAUUGAGACAGAUUUGGUUUUAAAUUUUGAGAAAUGUCACUUCAUGGUUGAGCAUGGAAUUAUUCUAGGUCAUAUAGUCUCUAGGAAAGGUAUUGAGAUAGAUCCUGCUAAAAUUAGUGUUAUAUCUUCUUUAUCUUACCCCGCAUGCGUGCGGGAUGUUCGAGCUUUCCUUGGUCAUGCAAGUUUCUAUAGGAGAUUUAUACGAGACUUCAACAAAAUUACUCUUCCAUUGACUUAGUUACUGCAGAAGGAUGUGGCUUUCCAUUUUGAUCAGAAGUGCAGAGAGGCUUGUGAGAAGCUGAAAGAAGCUCUUGUUACAACACCCAUCAUUAGCCCACCAGAUUGGAGCCUUCCUUUUGAGUUGAUGUGUGAUGCUUCAAAUUAUGCAGUGGGAGCUGUACUUGCACAGAAAGUGGAUGGAGCACCACACGUUAUUUGCUACGCUUCCAAGACUUUGGAUGCUGCACAAGCAAACUACACCACAAGAGAAAAAGAGCUUCUUUAAUUCUAUUAUUUUUGCUUUGGAUAAAUUUAGAUCAUAUUUGCUGUGUUCUCAUGUAAUUGUAUUUUCUGAUCAUGCAGCUUUGAAGUACCUCCUCAAGAAACCAGAUGAAAAGCCUAGGUUGAUCAGGUGGAUGCCUCUACUUCAAGAAUUUGACGUGGAGAUACGCGAUAGGAGUGGAAGGGAGAACCUAGUGGCAAAUCACCUGAGCAGGAUCGAGGGAGAAUUUGACUACACAGAUAUUGCUGAUGAAUUUCCAGAUGAGCACCUCCUACAGUUGCAUGGCGAGUCACCAUGUUUUGUCAGGUCACACAUCUUUUGCAAGUUUGGAGUGCCCAGGGCGAUCAUCAGUGAUCAAGGGUCUCACUUUUGUAACAGACACAUGAAACUUUGCUGAGCAAAUAUGGGGUUGUGCACAAGAUUUCUACUCCCUACCACCCUCAGACAAAUGGGCAAGCUGAAGUGUCUAAUAGGGAAGUUAAAGCAAUUCUUGAAAAGACUGUAGGAUCUGACAGGAAGGACUGGAGCAAAAGACUUGAUGAUGCAUUAUGACCUUAUAGAACUGAUUUCAAGACCCCUAUAGGAAUCUCUCCAUUCAUUGUGUAUGGAAAGACUUGCCAUCUUCCAGUGGUCCAAUCUAUCUCCAUUCCAUUCAUAUUGGGCAGUAAAAGCAUGCAACUUCGAUACUAGCACUACUGGAGAGGAAAGAAAAUUGCAACUUCAAGAACUUGAGGAGAUUAUACUGGAAGCUUAUGAGAAUUCACGGAUUUACAAGGAAAAGACUAAGAACUUUCAUGACAAGCACAUUGUGGUAAAAGAAUUCAAAAUUGGUGAUAAAGUGCUUUUGUAUAAGUCAUGUCUGAAAUUGAUUAAGGGUAAGUUGAGAUCCAGAUGGGAGGGACCUUUUUGUGUUACUAAUAUUUAUCCCUAUGGUGUGAUAGAGAUACAGGAAGUUACUACCGGUCAAACGUUCAAAGUGAAUGAUCACCGACUCAAGAAAUUUCAUGAGGGAGUUAAUGUACUAGAGGUGGAUAGAUUGGACCAUAUUAAUGUCAUUUACCCAACUUGAGGGGAGUGUGUUCCAUCUACCUUUUACUUGUUAUUUGUAGAUAUACAUUCCUUUACUUUGUUGCAGG